GUCUUAGGAAGUGUCAGAAGUAAAAGAAUUAAGAAAAAACAACACUUUUCCUAGCGGACAGUGAGAGAAAAUUAAAAGGUUCAUUGCAUAGACAUUGUUAAAAUUAUAAAGAAAUUUGGGUUUCUUCAAGGACAAACUUCGUCGCCGAUGCAAUCUCUCUCCGGAUCCUUUUCAUCUCUACAGAUGGAUACUGGGAUGAAUACUUCCAUGGUUAGCACAAUCUUUGAACCUCCAGACUUGACUACCAUUGAUGCAGAUUGUUUAGUUGUUAUCAAAAGUCUGCAAAAAAGAGAUAUUACUACCAAAUGUCGUGCUUUGCAAGAUUUAAUUCAAUGGAAAAAAUGUGAUCAAUUUGAAAAUGAACAAUUUUUGGAUGCUUGGGCUGUUUUCUUCCCUCGCUUGGCGAUUGAGACAGAUCGACGAGUUCGUCAAUACGCUUUUACAUUCACGGGUCUUUUGUCUUCGUCUCUGCAAAAAAGACUUGCCCCAUGGCUUAAAUCCUAUAUCACACCCUGGUUGAUGGGCUUCUUUGAUUUUGAUAAAUCAGUUUCCUCAGCUGCCCGCGAUUCACUCAGAAAGCUACUGCCAGAGGAUAAGUGGUCUCAUGUUUGGAUCAAAUUCGGAAAUGUUUUGGUUGAUAAUAUUGUUGAUAUCCUUAUGUAUGAGACUAUUGAUUCGAUAUCUGAUUUACGAUUUAUUUCCAACGAAGAUGCUGAAGCCAAAUAUGAGCGCACUUUUGCCUGUUGCUUUUCUACUCUUUCUUUUCUAUUGAAUCAAAGUUCUACAAACAAUAUAGAGGAAGACUCAAAAAUACAAAGCUUUCAUAAGCAUUACUUUGAGGCGGUUUCCGUGUUGCUUGAAUCUAAGCAACUAUGGGAGCUCCUUUCCUCUUCUCAUGGAACCAUCAAGCUAAGAUUAUUCCAAUAUUUACAGACUCUUAUACAUUUUGAUAAGGACUUCUUCUUCCCUUUCAAAGAUAAAUUCACAAACCUCGUUCCCCGUAUGCUAUCCCGAUGUGAAAGUAUUUCGUGUGUUUCUUUGGUGGGAAUGCUUUCUUCCCUAUUAGCCAUAUAUCCUUCUUCGUCGACCACUUUGGCAAACCAUCCGAAACGUCCUAUGCGAAAAUGUUUACAAAAUCUCCUUCGUAAACGAGUAGCACUGCCAAAUUCCGGCUUUUAUCCAGCUUUCAUGAAUUUAAUGACUCAGUUUUCUACUGAAGAUCUCGUCCCUUCAACAGAUGAUCUGUCCGAGUUUUCUAAUGCAUUCUUGGAAGUUGCUCGACAAGAACAACGGGUUUUUGCGACCGAAGUAUAUAGCUGUUAUUUCGACUUCCUUUCAUUCGUAUAUAAUAAUUCUUCGGAUUCCCGUAUCAAAGAUACAGUAUUAGAAAGCCUCAAGUCAAUGUUUAUUUCUUAUUUUGAAGGAACCAUGACGCCACAGUGUCCCAUUCUUGAGUUUGAUAAAUGUUUACAGAACAUAUUUCGUAAAAAUGAUUCUUUUUCCAAUUUAUGGAACGAGGUAUUAUACAGUUUUUAUGAAACCCAUUUUGUUCCUGACUCUGCAUCAUUUGAAGUCUUUUCUAGAUCCGUUACUCUAGCCGUGCAAACCGCUUUGAGUUUCAAAAGUAAUGAUAGGCCUUACGACGUUGAAUACGAACGUAAAGUACGACCCUGCUUACAAUUUCUGAUGCGCUUGUCUGCCAACGAAAAUGAGCAAUUCGCUGGUCUUGCUGUUACGCAUCUUACCAAGCUUUGUCACGUAUUUGAAAAAACGAAGUUCACCAGGUUUGUUCAAGAAGACUUCAGCCAGUAUUUGCUGAAUUUUUUACCAUCUAUUAUUUUGACUCAAUCGUCGAAAUCGACAUACUUCAAUUUGCUUCAUGAGAUCGUUUACUUAUUUAGAGAAUCCGAAAACAUCGGUAACCUUUGGAUAUCCGUUGUUGAUCAGCUAAUGAUUGAACCAUUGAAUACCGAAAUUCUUACUUCUCUUCCUUCUAGUUUUGCAGAUUCUCGCUUGCGUGGUAAAAUUCCUUUGGUGCAUUCACUUGUUUCUUAUUAUGAUGAGACCGUGUCUGAUCUGAUUAAGCAGCAAGAUUACAGCUCAAGUCUUAUCAAACUUAUAAUUGAUGCGAAAGACGUUCUUAUCCCUGGAAAAUUAGUUGAAAAAUUUUUGAGUUUGACUUCAAACAAUUUUGAUGUGGAUAUGCCACAGAGCCACUUGGAAGAUUACUUAAGUCUCCUGUGCUGCGAAUUUCACAGCUUGGGCCAUAAUCUGACUGAUGUCUUUGCAGAAAAUGAAAGUCUUUACUUGUUAUAUCCUUUGCUACAAAUAGACACCAAGUUUUCUGCCGUCGAUGACAAUCUGCGUAAUAGUGUAAUGGAGUUAUUUAAUACGGAAUUUGGGAAGAAUAGUGGUUUCAUGGAUUCUCUUUGCGUUAUUGUUGCGGAUUGGAGUCAUAAAAGCAUUUUGGAAGGCAAACAGGACGCGCAGAAAUUGGCGGAAAUGAUAGUUAGACUGGAAAAGUCUCAUAAAGAUAAAAUUUCUUUGUCUUUGUUUUGGUAUUCUAAAGAAUUUUGGUUUUCUGUAUUGGUACCCACUGAACAAUUUUUUGCUAAAAACCAUUUUGUGGAUCAGGUACCUUGUCUCGGGUUCGCGGAACUGAAUGACAACACCCAAAUUAAUGAAGUUGUCGAUAGCCACACAUUUGCCCAACUUUUCUUUGCUUCACUUUACUCAUUAGUAUUCUGUGAACAUGAUGAAAUAAGCAUCAAUCUCUUCCCAUAUUUGUCCAUGUCCUAUGUUGCUUUCUCUAUCUAUGUUCAAAAUGGUAUUGAAAUUUUUCCUGAUGUAACUGUUGGGAGUGCUAACGACUUUUGCCAAAGAUGUGAGAAUUUGUUUAAGCGACUAUUCAGCAAGAUAGUUGUUGAUAAUUCAUUAUCCUUUUAUUCAAGCAUCCUUUUGCAACCUGAAAGCAACGUCGGAUUCGCUAUUCAUGAGUUGAUAAAGAUAGCCGUCUCCUCUUCUGAUUUGAUGAGUAUUUUUUCAGCUCAAGCUAUUAUGAACUUAUUGAAAUUAGCGUCUUCAAUGUUUCCUUUGAGCUUUGAUGAAUACGAUGCUUUGUGUAAUAACUUAGAUGGUUUCCUUUCAAAGUCAAAUAUCUUAGCUGUAGCCCUUCUCGAAGGGUUUAAACCUCAUGAGUUGGAUUCUGGUAUUGUCGAAAAAAUAAGAUUUAGAAGCGCUAGUCAGUUAUCUUAUAAGUUGGUAUCUAGCCCGUCUGUAACCAGUGCCUUAAUGAUGUUGAAUGCAGCUACGCCAUCUGGAGGCAACUCAAAACCUCUGCUUCCUAUAACUCGUUGUCCAUUACUGUUAACAAGCCUUACUGAAUGGGCAACUGGAGAUGUUGUAAAAUCUUUGGAUUUAUUGUCAUUAUCUCUAUUGUUAAGAUUUCUUCAUGGUUUUCUGUCAUCCGUCCAAAAGUUUACGGGUCCUUACUGGGAUCGGAUUUUUGAAUUAAUCAAAUUCACACUUAAGCUUUCUCCUGUUGAUAUUCCGAUAGUAAAGUCUAUGGAGUUUUACGCGCUACGCUUAUAUCAUGCACUUACGAAAAUAUCUGAGGGAAACGACGACAUUCAGGAUGGGCUACUCGAGCAUGAUGAUGAUAUACACUAUCUUGGAUUGAAGAGUUUCCUUUCAUACCAUGAAUCUAAUCUAAAGUCUUCAGUAACCGCUGGCUUAUGCAAUACCUAUCUUAUAAGAAUGUUAGGUAAAUGUUCAGAGAAGACUAUAGCAAAAAUUCCCUAUCAAGAGCUCUAUCCUAAUUUACUAGACUUUUCGGAUUUGCAAAACGAGGACAUGUGUAUGAAAUUAUUGUAUAGUAAAAUUACGAAUGAGGUUAAAGACUUGACGGUUUAUUAUUUGGUUGAAAGCACUUCUGAACCUGAUGUUUCUUUUGCUCCUGAAUUACUUUCUAUACUGAUUGAUUACACUGAAAAUCCUUUGAGUCUUAUAAGUGAACUUGAUAGUAUGGAAACUGCUCUACGAUCUUAUCUUUUAGCAUGGGAUCUUGUUUUUCACCAUUUUGAAGAAACGACGUAUCAAAUUAAGCUUACUCUUACUGAACAGUUGUUGUCAAUGGAUCUGGUAAGACCAUUGCUUGCAAUUAUUGUAGAGGUGCUUCAAUUGUCCUACGAUAGACCAGUUGAUGUAAGCAAUUAUCCAAAAAUAUCCUACAACCUUAUGGAUUAUGCUUCUCCACUUGACCGAACUCGUUGUCUAUGUACAUAUAUAUACUAUCAAUGCUUGCGACAUUUAUCUUCAGCAGUCCGUGGAUAUUGGUCGGAAAUAAAAAACAGAGCAUUUACAUACACAGUUGAAUCAUUUACUGAAUCGAAUGUGUCUCCAGUAUUGAUUUCUGCUUCACUGGAUGAUGUAGAAAACGCUAUAUCUUCGUCAACCUUUGAAACCUCCGGAGAUACUGUGGUAAAACUAAAUAGAAAUACAAAAGAAAUAUCUUUUAUAUAUCACGUUGAUGAGCACAAGCUUGAGAUGGCAAUCAGGAUACCUUUGGCCUACCCUCUUCAUCAAGUACAGGUAGAAGGAAUCGAAAGAGUUGGUGUGAAUGAGCGACAAUGGCGAGCAUGGAUUUUGGCUUCUCAAAGUAUAUUAACUUCCCAAAACGGAUCGAUAAUUGAUGCUUUGCAAUUGUUGAAGAGAAACAUUUCAAUGCAUUUUGAAGGUGUUGAAGAAUGUGCUAUCUGCUACUCUGUGUUAUCAGUUGAAAGAACACUGCCAAAUAAGCGCUGCAGCACUUGCAGACACAAGUUCCAUGCUUCUUGCUUAUACAAAUGGUUUAAGUCUUCAAAUGCUAGCCGGUGCCCAUUGUGCCGUAGUAGCUUUACCUUUGUGUAAAACAAGAUUGUUGCUAAUUCAUUGUCAUCUGUGUUCAAUAUAUUAUUAUUCAAUUAAAAUUAGAGGUUUUGCAUUACUUUUUUGAAUAAUGAAAUUAUACGUAUUGUUUAAGUGAUUUUUUGGGAAUUCUUUGUUUACUGUAAUAACAAGCAUGGAGCAAAUAAAGAAACACACAUAAGAUUAAUUUU